CGCGAUACCCAACACUAUACAAAUACGCCAAACAGCAAAAGCCGAAGCUUACCUUCCCCCUUUAAGAAACGUGAUAGGCUGACCAAGAUGUCUGAAGAGGGAAACACCGCCGUGUGGGAUGACUCCCUGCUGGUAAAGACGUACGAUGAGUCCGUGGGACUAGCCCGCGAGGCACUAGCUCGCCGCCUGGCCGAUUCCACUAACAAGCGGGAGGAGGAGAACGCCGCCACCGAAGAAGCUGGCGAGGACUCGGCCACUGGCGGGCCCAAUAGCCCGGAGCCGCUGUCUUUUAAGGUGGGCGACUACGCCAGGGCCACCUACGUAGAUGGCUUGGACUAUGAGGGCGCCGUGAUGACGAUUAACGAGGAGAAGGGCACCUGCGUCAUCCGCUAUUUGGGUUAUGAAAACGAGCAGGAGGUGCUGCUCCUGGACCUGCUUCCCUCCUGGGGCAAGCGGGCACGUCGCGAGCAGUUCCUCAUUGCCAAGAAGGAGAAUGACGAACAGCCGGGCCGCUCUAAGGCUUCCCCAGCCACUGCUGGCCAUUCUAAAAAUCCCAAACCUUUUGGAAAGGGGAGAGGCUCCGCUGGCUUGGUGAUGCCCCCAAUGCCACCGGUGCCGCCUAUGAUCGCUGGCCAGGGCGACGGUGCCGAACAGGACUUCGUGGCCAUGCUGACGGCCUGGUACAUGUCCGGCUAUUAUACGGGUCUCUACCAGGGAAAGAAGGAGGCCAAUACUGGCGCCAAGAAGAAGACGCCCAAGAAGUGAUUCCAUACCUCAUCUCAUCUCAUCUUUUCCUAAAGACUUGUAGCCAUUAAGCGAACGAAACGAUUAAAAAUUGUUAUGUUAAGAAGCCA